AUGAUACACUUCAAGGUUGUUGAUCUUAAAUCUGUAGCUGGGAUUGUAAUACUUUUUAUUACUUCAGUGGUAAUUUGUGCCCCAUUGGAAGAUAAUCAAACUCCAGAGAUUGUUCGAUAUGAAUACGAAAAUUUGCCUGAUAACGGUUAUCGAUAUUUCUAUGAAACGAGUGACGGUCAAUACAAGGAAGAAAGUGGUUCAUUCAAAACCGUAGGAGAUCAACAAGUUUUGGUUGUUACUGGUCGCUAUUCCUACAUCGGUGAUGACAAUGAAUUGUAUGAAGUGAAAUAUUCAUCUGAUGAUGGCGGCUUCAAACCAUCAGGAAGACAUAUUCCAGAAAUUCCAUCAUCCGGUGAUGAACUUGUUCUCAACCUCAAAGAAACAGAUGAAGAACCGGCUCAAUUACCACCUAAUGUCAUCGCAUCAUUAGCAUGUUUUUUAUUCUUCAUCGUUUCAUCAUCUGUGAACUGUGAUCUUUUUGGCAAACCAACUACUCCGGAAAUUGAUAGCUAUGAAUACAAACACUUACCUAAUGGCGGAUAUUCCUUUUCAUAUUCUCAAGAUGAUGGACAAUUUAGAGAAGAAACUGGUGAAUUUGAAACAAUUGAAGGCAAAGAAGUGUUUGUAGUCAGAGGAAGUUACUCGUAUGAAGGGGAUGAUGGCAAAACUUAUGAAGUAAUUUACACGGCAGACAAUGAAGGGUUCAAACCAGUAUUACUUGAACCUGUUACGCAAACAGGUGAUAUUGCGUUUGCAUUUCCAAUGACGCAAGACAUAUCGCCUAGAGCUAUUGCUACUUUAGUGAUUUUCUUGUUAUUCAUUGUUUCAAUUGUGAAUUGUGCCCCUUUGGAAAAAACGAACACACCGAAAAUUGUCAGCUAUGAAUAUAAACACUUACCUAAUAGCGGAUAUUCGUUUUCAUAUUCACAAGAUGAUGGACAAUCUCGAGAAGAAACUGGUAAAUUUGAAACAAUCGGAGAUAAAGAAGUGUUUGUAGUCAGAGGAACCUACUCGUUUGUUCGGGAAGAUGGCAAAACUUAUGAAGUAUAUUACACGGCAGACGAUGGAGGAUUUAAACCAUCAGUUAUUGAGACUGUAGCAAUUCAAUUCAUCUCACCUAAAGUCAUUGCCACUUUAGGAUAUUUAUUACUGUUUAUCGUUUCAUCAUCUGUGAACUGUGAUCUUUUUGGCAAAGCAAAUACUCCGGAAAUUGAUAACUAUGAAUACAAACACUUACCUAAUGGCGGAUAUUCCUUUUCAUAUUCUCAAGACGAUGGACAAUUUAGAGAAGAAACUGGUGAAUUUGAAACAAUUGAAGGUAAAGAAGUGUUUGUAGUCAGAGGAAGCUACUCGUAUGUUGGUGAUGAUGGCAAAACUUAUAAAGGAUUUUUAUUGUUAAUCAUUGCUUCAGUUGCAAACUGCGCUCCCUUAGAAGAGAGAAACUCUGCGAAAAUAUACGUACAUGAAUAUAAACACUUACCAAAUGGCGGAUAUUCCUUUUCAUAUUCACAAGAUGAUGAACAAUCUCGACAAGAAACUGGUAAAUUUGAAACAAUUGGAGGUAAAGAAGUGUUUGUUGUCAAAGGAAGCUACUUUUUUUUUGGGGAUGAUGGUAAGGGUUAUCGAGUAGUCUACACUGCAGACGAUGAAGGAUUCAAACCAAUAAUAAGUGCUUCUUCAUACGAAUUUUUACCUCCUGGAUGUAUGUUUUUAUUGUUACUAAUUGCUACGGCUACCAUUUUUCCCAUUGGAGAAGCAAACACUUCAGGAAGCUACAAUUACGAAAGGCCUAAAAAUCCAUUCAUAAGAUAUGGUGAAUCUGAAUCAGAAGAAAAUACUGAAAAAGUGUAUUACCCACAAGUCAGGAAAGGAUCCGGGACAUCUACCCGUAGCACAGCUGGGCCACAAUACCUUCCAAUAAAAAUUGUUAAAACAUUAUUAGGAUAUCACCCGAAUUUUCGUAACGAGAAGAAGGAAUAUUAUUACGAAACUAUAAAACUUGUUAUGAUGUUCAAGUUAAUUGUUAUUUGUGUCACUGCUUUGUACAUCGGCAAUGUAUCAACACAAGAACAAGAUCGUGAAAUCACAACUGAUAUGAUGGUGAAGCUUUUAAGCAAUGAAAACGAACACGGAACUGAACAAUACAGAUAUUCAUAUGAGUUGAGCGAUGGUCAAUCGAGAAGUGAAGUCGGUAUGCUUAUGAAUAAAGGCACACCAGAAGAAGAAAUGGUCGUGAUGGGAAUGUAUUCAUAUGUUGGAACUGACAACAAUAUUUACACAACAAUGUAUCGAGCCGAUAAGAAUGGUUACAAACCAAAGUUAACAAUUCAAAGACGAAUUAAAAGCAGUUUGAUUCAAUCGCUCUUUAUCAUCCUUGCAAUUCUCAUCGCUGUCAGCAUUGCUGCCCCACUUGAUGACUCCAAUAAUGCACAGAUCUUAAAGUAUGAGAGUGAUAAUAUUGGCAUCGGAGGAUAUCGCUUCAGUUACGAAACAAGUGACGGAGUCUCAAGGACGGAAGAAGCAGAAGUGAAAAAUGCCGGCACAGAAGAUGAGAUUUUAGUUGUACGUGGAACAAUCAGUUGGUAUGCGCCUGAUGGUCAACAAUAUACGAUUACUUUUAUCGCUGAUGAGAAUGGCUUCCAACCACAAGGCGAUCAUCUCCCGAAAUAAAUAAAUAAUGGUUGCUAUUUUAUAAAGAAAAUAAGUGAUCAAUUUCAUCAUAUUUCACCAUUACUUUCAUCGCAUCACCUAAAAAUUUCAUUCAAAAUUUACUGUAAAUAAAAAAGCUAUUGAAAUGUUUAAAAAGAGUUAUCGAGUCAAUUAUUUUUGGCAUUUCAGUUGUUUAGGCUCGUGCCCUAGUCCAUAAAAUUUUAUGUGCAGGAGUGAAAUGUAACCGAUUGAGAAGUUAAUUAAUCAACUCACGCUACGAUAUUAUGAUUGAUCACUGCUUACAUGACAGAAACAUUCGAUUAUUUUUAAAGUUUUUCUAUUAUUAAGCUAUUGUAAUCCCACAAUAAUGCAGAAGUUAUAAAUAAUAGUAAAAAAGUUACGAUUAAAAAGUAAGUGAAAUGUUAAUCACUUU